GCCUUCAGCUGAUGGAUUCAUGGCUAUAUAAAUACUCUAAUGUCCUCACCCUCUGUGUUGUCCCAUUAACAGUAUCGAGUCUCAUUGCGAAAACUUAAAACUCUUUCUGAUUGCACAUUUCCACAAACUUCAUAUAUAAUGGCUACCCCACACAAGCUCUUUUACAAAGGUGACAACAGCGACUUCGUCGUUUUUAUUGAGGACCCUGCUGUCCUUGCAAAGUACCAGGCUGGUGACACAACUCUUCCCUUGAUUGAUGUUGUAUCAAUUUACAAAGUUUUUGUCAAUAGACAAGGUGGUGUUGAGGGUGUCUUAGACGAGGCAUCGAAGGAGGAGAUCCAAAACGAAUUCGGCAAAUCAGCCAAUGUCGACACUGCCAUUAAAAUGAUCUUGGAGAAAGGCGAAGACAAGCAGGGUGCCGGCCGCUUUACUGCCCCAUCGAGCCUGAACUAAUGACUCAUGAGUAUAACGACCAAUCCAAUCAAAGCACAUAGCAAUAAAUUACCGAAUUAAAUUCUCACCGGUCGAACUCGCACUCAUAUUCCGACCAUAGGUAGAGCCCGAGUGUGACAUUUUUGCCUUCUUUCAGCUUUCAAAUAGCACUUGAGCUGUUUUCGUGAAACUAAUUCUGAGUUAAAUUUGUCCCAAGAUGCAGUUUUGCCUGACAAGGUCGGCGGUCACAUAUAUCGUCAUAUGCCGCGUGCCACGUUGCCCGAAGGGCCACGAGAUCGCAACGCAUUCUUGAGCCUGCGCACUAACGUUUUGACUCGCAGCUAUGAUUCUCGGCUUCCUUAUGUGAGAACUAGACGCUUAGCCCUAAUUAAUCAUGUGACAAAUGAGACAUUAAAGUUCGCACCACUUACCCGGAACCAAAUAGCAC